AUUGAUAAAAUAUUUGUCAUUGUGUUCAACUUCAUUGUUUUUGUAAAAAAAAUAGAAAACAUAUAAAAUUAAAAAAUAAAUAUACAACCAAAUUGUAUAAAAGUUUCGUUUCCAAACUGGUUCGUUUCAUGCAUCGUUUCACAUGCAAUUAGUGGAAGGUUGGCAGCUCUUGCAUAUGUCAAAAGUGACUAACCCAAUCUGGAGAAUUAUUACAAUUUUCUCGUGUGGUUUUUGGUCUAAGGAAAAAAUAAACAAUAAUUAAAAUAAAAAAUAAUGGCAGAUAAUGAUUUAGACGCCUUGCGUGCUGAGCGUAUGGCUCAGUUACAGCAACAAUACGGUAGCAGUGGCGGUAACAAUGCUGAAAAACAACAGGCUCAACAGGAGCAAAUGCGCCAGCAGGAGGAAAUGAAACACUCUAUACUUUCACAAGUGUUAGACCAACAGGCACGCGCCCGACUAAACACAUUAAAAAUCAGCAAACCGGAUAAGGCACAAAUGUUUGAAAAUAUGGUGAUACGCAUGGCGCAAAUGGGCCAAGUGCGUGGUAAGCUUGAUGAUGCCCAAUUUGUCAGCAUACUGGAGAGCGUAAACGCACAAAUGCCACAAAGUAAAUCAACAGUUAAAUAUGACAGAAGACGUGCUGCCAUAGAUUCAGAUGACGAUGAUGACUAUGGCUGCUGAUUGUACGCUCCCGACAAAGGCCGUUAUGAAGAAAUUCAUAGGAUGCGAAAUAGUAGCAGAUACUUUUUUUGUGAAAUGCAGAUCCUUCAUACAGCAGUCGCUCAUUUGCGACCAUACAAUGUUUACAAAAUUUAUUUAAGCUAAUUAAUGUAAAAUUUAGGCGUUUGUUAAGGCGUAAUAUGCUUUGAAAGAUGUCGUAAAGUCUUAGUUAUUUUAUGCUUUCAUUAACAUUUUAAAAUUGCUGAAAAAGUUUCUCGUCCUAAUGCUAACCUUUAUUUACGUAUAAUGCUAGAAACAUAGAAAUAAUAAAAUUAAAUUAAACUUUAAUAAUUCUUUUAAUUACCACGAAAUCUUUGUAUUUUUAUCGAAAUCUCAAUACAUAACUACGCAAGUCUUUCGAUAUACAUAAAAUAUAUAAGUAUGGCAUAUUACCGCUAUGAUCAACGCAGUAUAAAUGGCGAUUUUCGCAAAUGUUCCUAAUUUUAUUCUGUCAACUCUGGAAUGCAAUGGAUUAUUUCAAAUAUACACAACAUAAUUACAA